UGUCCAACAUGGCGAUCACGGGGAGCGGAUCUCUCGCUAUUUCUCUCUCUGUUUUCGUGAUUUCAGUGGCGUUUCUUCCGAAAGGAGCUGCUGAAACCGUGACAGUCGAAGGUCAGAACCUGGCGACUGACAACGUGUCGGUGAUCGAGGGGGAAAUGGCCACCAUCAGCUGCAGAGUGAAAGACAACGACGGCUCCGUCAUCCAGCUGCUCAAUCCCAACAGACAGACCAUCUACUUCAAAGAUGUUAGACCUCUGAAGGACAGCCGGUUCCAGCUGGUGAAUUUCUCUGACAACGAGCUGCGGGUGUCUCUGUCCAAUGUGUCACUCUCCGAUGAGGGACGCUAUGUGUGCCAGCUCUACACAGAUCCUCCUCAGGAAGCCUACGCAGACAUCACUGUCCUGGUCCCGCCAGGCAACCCAAUCAUCGAGAGCCGCGAGGAGGUGGUCAGCGAGGGGAACGAGACGGAGCUCACCUGCACAGCCAUGGGCAGCAAGCCAGCUGCCUCCAUCAGAUGGAUGAAAGGGGAGGAAGAACUGACAGGUGAGACAACAGUUGAGGAGACGUAUGACAGGAUGUUUACUGUCACCAGCCAUGUCAGAUUUUCUGUCACCAAAGAAGAUGAUGGAGAGCCAGUGGACUGCAUCAUUGACCAUCCAGCUGUAAAGGACCUCCUGGCUCAAAGACACUUGGAAGUGCUAUAUAAACCAGAAGUGAAGAUUGUGGUGACAUAUCCUGACGGUUUAACCAGAGAGGGUGACAAUCUAGAUUUGACAUGCAUCGCAGAAGGAAAACCACAUCCCCAUCAGAUCAACUGGCUGAGAGUGGACGAGGAUGUGCCGCCUCACGCCGUGGUCACAGGCUCUGAUCUUUACAUCGAGAACCUCAACAAGUCCUACAACGGCACCUAUCGCUGCGUGGCGUCCAAUGCUGUGGGAGAGGCCUACGACGACUACAUACUCUAUGUAUAUGAUGCUCCCACUACUAUCCCCACACCCACCACCAACCCAGUCAACACGCAAGACUCAAGAGCUGGCGAGGGGGCACCGCAGAAAAUUGACCAUGCUGUCAUCGGAGGAGUGGUUGCCGUGGUGAUGUUUGCCAUCCUCUGUGCACUCAUUGUUCUUGGUCGAUACUUUGCGAGACACAAAGGAACUUACUUCACGCAUGAAGCCAAAGGAGCGGAUGAUGCAGCCGAUGCCGACACGGCUAUCAUCAAUGCGGAGGGCGGACACAACAACACAGACGAGAAGAAGGAGUACUAUAUUUAAACUGGACAGGCCAGGAGAGACGGGUGGGGAGGCUGGUGGUGGUGGUGCUGUAGGAGCAUUAUGUCUAACUCUGAUUGGUUACGCGAAGGCUUGGGGGACGGGCAGGGCGAGAUUUAAAGAGGAAGAGAAGAAAGUGGAAAGUUGGACUGGCGCGGCCAAUUGGUAAGAAAAGGCGUUGCUGAGUCUCCUAUCCGACCCUUCCUGGACUGCUAGGGCCUAUUCUGUACAGUUCAAUUAUUUUCCAGACAAUUUUGUGCCUUGUUCUAUUUCUUUUCUUUAUUUUGUUGUUUACCCCCCCUCUCCCCUUCUCAUGCUUGCUGGAUUGGAUUUUUCCUUUUCAAUGUAAUCCACCUGAUCCUUUGUUGCAUUUGGCUUUCGGAGAUUAAAUGGGCCUGGUGUUUGUCUAUGUGUGCUGCAGCUAGCUUUUAGCUCAUGUACCCAGAUCUGAGUAGCCAGCUCAUACACACUUUCUUUUUUUUCCUGACUCAUCUACAGAGUUCAGUAACUGGAACACAGUGUCAACACAUUUCUCCCCGCUGGGUCAAAGUCCUACGCUCCCAGCAAAUUCAUCACAGUUCAGUUUCGACAUAUUUCAAAGCAGAUUUCACUCACCCUCCCUUCGAGGUCAGGUUCACUGUGUCGAUUACUAAUGUAACAGUUGUGAGUAAUCGUGCUCAUCAUAGAAUGUAUUUGUUCCUGAAAGUGAAGUAGGAGUGCUGUAAAGUAUAAUUUCACACCGAACUACAAGUAUAACUGGUCUCUCGUUGGUUUCAAGAGAACAUCUGACAAUUAGUAGAUGUGAGGUCACUUUAUUAUUUGUUUAGGGUAUUGUGGAGUACAGUCAGACAUCCUGACAGCUGUAAUGUGCCAUGAUGUAGAAUUAAAGUUUCUAUGGAGAAAAUCAGAACCACUUAUUCCUCUUUUGAAACUCUGUUUCAGUUAUUUUUUCUGCUGAUUGAGAGGACAGCAGUUAAAUCAAAUCGUCGUCAGCUGAGAAAAAAAACUAAGAAAUAAAAUAGUUUGACAUUAUUAGACAUCACAGUCUUUGUGCUAAGCUAAGCUAACUUUCUGUAUAUUCAUGUUAAGUGUUCGAACCUAAGAGUGGUAAUGAUCUUCUCAUUUAACUCUCGGUAAGAAAGUGUUUUUCCUAAAUUGUCGAACUACUCCUUUAAAAACAGCGCCUCUUUCCAGAGGGAGUUUAUAGGCUUUCUUUUUUUAGAAUUAUUUUUCUUAUCAUCCUUUGGAUGAUGGACCAAAAUCAUGGCAGAAAAUGGCUAAUAAGUACAGAUCCAAAAGACUAUCUUUGGCAGAUAUGCGAUUAUAUGGGUUUUAGGGUCAAACUAUACUUUGACUUUAUAACUACAUAAACCUUGUAGUACCUAUAGUAAAAGAGUGACUAUCCCUGUUGCAUUGAUCAUAAAAUCUCAUUAAAAAUGUAUUAUUUGUUGGAUACUGGUCCAGCCUGUUGCAUGUGCUAAACAUCAAAUUCUUCACAUUUUCAUACCACCCACACGGUCGACCCUGGACCAAAUAUAAUACUUAUGCGAGUGUGCGUAUAUACAGUGAAUAUUACUUGUAUACAGCAAAGGCUGAAUGUCCACUGUGCAGAGUGCUCCUCUCUAAAUAAUUGAUGUUAUUUUCAUUUUUUUUAAUCUAAUUAUAUAGUACAUUAUACAUUUAACUGGAAAUGUUUCCAGGGAAUUGGUUUAUUCAUUUUCUUCAAUUUUUUUUUUAUUGAGAUUGUACUGUGUUAAAGGGAAGAACGAAUGUUACACUUUCAAUGGCAAAGAUUCCCUUCAAUGAUGUUUAAGGCAUUAAGGUAUGUCGGCGUGAAUAACCAUAGUAAGUCCGGUAAAAAGACUACAGCUUCUCAUUGCUUAUUUACUGGCUUAGAAAUCCUUGCAGAUGAACCAUACUUUUUUGCCCUUGCCCAUAUUUGAGUAUAAAGACAUUCAAUUACUGCAAAAACAUGAAUCAGUUAUAUCUCCUUGUUGUCUGUAAAGACAUUUUACCUUUGGGCUGUCUUUUUUAACUUGGAAGAACUCCCUGCCUUACAAGUUACCAAAGAUGUGCGUCAAAUUUUAGACUUGGAUUUGGGAAAGAUAAUUUUCUUACUGUCAACAUGCAGCCUCAUUCCUUCACACAAAAGCCGUCUACUUUUGCAAUUUAAUUUCCCCCCCCGCCCACCAACACAAAUCAGACGGAGACGCAGUGUAUCACAGCUAGAAGAGUAAAAACCUGUUUGGUAAUUAGUGAGUGAUUUCAUUGUAUUGCCUGAAUAAGACAAAAAUGUGUAAAUGUACAAUGAAAAAGGAUAACCACUGCCUUAAACCCACACCUCUUGAUACUUAUCAUUGAAAGGACUGAAUGACUUUAUUUAGUGCCUUCUUUGAUUUUGAGGCAUAUGGUUAGUAUCUUACAGUAUCCUCAUGUACACUCUUACAGUAUAUCUUGUAUAUAGCUGUUCUUUCUAACUUAAAAAUCCAAUAUUCAUCCAGGUUGUUUGUAUUCACGCACCAUAGACUUUCAUCACGAUUACGACCUGGAGCAUAAAAGCUGGAAUGAGUUUAAAAGAAUACAUGUCCUUGUUUAUCAUGGACACACCACGCGGUGUGGCAGCUUUACUGACUAGAAUGUCGUAUGCCAGGAUGUAGUAUUUAUUGUCUUAAUUAGUAAUCGGAAAUCUGUCUAAAUUUGGUCAUUAUUAUUUUCCCCCUUUACUUCAUUUGUUAUUUAUUUGGAUAUCUCCAAGGACAAGGCUCGCUAGUAAUAUCAGAGAGGAACACACUACUAAUAGCUAUGAUAAGCUACAAUAAAAUUACAUUUUAGAGUUUGGUGUCAUGGAAACAGUUAUGUGCAUGGCAUUUUAUUUUGAGGUUUGAUAUUUAUCUUAAAUGGUUAUAAAGUGAUUGCUGCUUUUAAUCGAGGAACAUUAAAAAAAAAAAUUGUCAGAAGCAUCGUUCUAAUCCAACAUUUUGAUUUGUUUUGAAUACUUGAUAUUUAGUAUGUUUGUUUUCACUCUCUCAGGUUCAUGAGUGUUAAUAGUUGUGUUUUUUGCAUCUCAGGUAGAAUGCAAAUUAAAGGCCCCAAGUAUAUACUGUAGUACCACAGCUAUUCAAACAGUGAAGAAAUCACAAGAUGUACAUGUUUUUUCUCAUUUGUACAUGUUUAUGUAUUCUUAAUAUGGUGCACUGUUACAGUAAACGUUAAACAUUAUUUUGCAUAGACCUAGUUCACAAAGAAAGAAAACUAGAUUUGUUAAGCAGACAAAAAUUAUGUACAGUCAGUGUCAACAAAGUCACGAUGAUGUUCAUGAAACUUCUUCUUCUUGUUCUUCUUCCUCCACCUUAACACUUUCCUCAUACAGUAUCGGUUAUUUAGUAAUUAUAGGAUGUGACCACAGACAGUCAAUCAAGCAUCUGUUUGUAUUCAGUCGAUUCAUGGAUACAUUUUCAUAGAUGAAAAAGAUGGUGUAUUUACUGUGACAUGAAGUUUAAUGAAUGAUCUGUAACAUGUGUUGGAUAUUUGGAUGAAACUCAUGUUUAAAGCCUUUGGGAGGGAGGGGGGAGUGUGGGGUGGGAGUAGGGGUUGGUUGUUUUAUUACCCCCCAAAAUGGUUGUUUUGUUGUUGAAUCUUAAAUUUCUCUCAGUACCCAGGUGACAUUUUUUUUCUUUUGUGUAGUGAAGAGGAUGUUUCUCAUAUGGCCAUGCAUAUUUUGUAUUGGUUCAACCAACAUUUUUACAAAAGAAAAAAAAAAAUAAGAAGAGUUCUUGU